GGCCACUUUACGUUUAAUCUGUUAGAGUAUUUAGUUACGCAUCCUCGCGUGAAUGGAAGGCAAUGUACUCUGGACUUUCUGGCCUAUUCACUAACUUUGGUCUAUUAGCCAUCUAAUAACUUUAAAUCAAUAAAAACCGCAUUUUUUGUAUUCCGUAAAGCCCAUUUCCCCGUUAAAGUAAAUCACAAUGUCAAUCACACUGGUUAGUAAUUUUGAUCAGUCAGUAAUAAAUUAUUAUGAGUGAAUACAAAAUUUAACUUAGGAAUUACAAACAAUUGUUAGUUGGUAAAGUGUAUAACACUAAACACUAAAGUUGCUCAAAUAUAGUGAAUUAAGCCGUACAUUAAUAAGGCGAAGUCAAUGCAAGGCAAGCCUGCUGCUUGGAGGAGGCUUGCCUUGCGUUUGCGCGCUGACAGCUUGCCUGCGAGGUGAUCCAUUACCUAAAGAAUUAGUAGACCAAAUCGCCUCUUCCGUUCAAUAACGUGAUAUCUCGAAAAGGACUAUUGUAAAGGAGGCUAUUUUUAAAAAAAUAAUAAAAAUGCACAAAUCAAAAUAGUCCUUUUUGAGAUAUUGUAGCAAAGAGGCGAAGUAUCUGUACAACAACUAACAGCUCAUGCGAUUCGGGUGCAGGGUGGCUCUAAUGAGCUAUGACGUUAGCUUGAAAGGGCAGGUAUAUAAUUAAAAACUUUAUAAUUUCACUAUUUUAUUGCGAUCAGACUCAAAAGAAACGAAUUUCAUGUGGACGAAAAAUAAUAACUUUUAGACGACCGUCUGGCUUUGAAUUAAUUCAUAAAAACCUAAAUUAAAUUAAGCGAAUCUGCGGAUAUAAUAAAUUUUGUUUUCAUCGUAAAUUAAGUAUACUUUUUUCUUUUUUUUUAAAGAAUAUUCGUCAUAUAUUUAAAACUAGCUGACGCCGUGCGGUUUCAUCCGCGUAGUUCCCGUUCCCGUAGAAAUACGGGAAUAAUAUAUAGCCUAUAGCCUUCCUCGAUAUAUGGGCUGUCUUACACUGUAAUAAUUUUUCAAAUCGGACCAGUAAUUCCUGAGAUUAGCGCGUUCAAUCAAACAAACAAACUCUUCAGCUUUAUAAUAUUAGUAUAGACUAGCGGACGCCCGCGACUUCGUCCGCGUGAACGAGUUUCAUGUAAACAUUCAACUACCCCUAAAAUCAAAAUCAAAAUACCCUACCCUACCUAUACAAUAAAUAAUUUUUCUGGUUGAUUUUUUACACCUUGUGUUCGAAAAACCCAAAUAUCUUACGGAACCCUAUUUUUUUCCAAAAUGAAAUUUAGCCUAUGUUACUUGUGGAUAAUGUAGCUUUCGAAUGGUGAAAGAAUUUUUAAAAUCGGUCCAGUAGUUUUUGAUUACAAACAAACAAACAUACAUACAAAGUUUUCCUCUUUAUAAUAUUAGUAUAGAUAUGAGCAAUAUCCCCAUUCCUCUCCAACUAGUCGGAAAAUACAGUGUUAGGAGUGGGUACGACAAUAUUCCAACGGGCGGGGAUCGAACCAGCCCUCGGUGAUGAGUCCAGCCCCUUCACCACUGAGCUAUUGAGGCUAUACACUUUAAACCGCAAUGAAUUUUGUUAUUUUCUCCAUGUUUAAGAUUAUAAUCAGCGUAAAUAAUUGCGAACGUUAAACCAUUUGACAUGCUCCGAAGAUCGGCCUUCGUUGUUAUUGCAAUUAGAUGCGCGUUUCUGGAAAUACAUUCUACCAUGUUCUGUGAUUUGCCUCGUUUGUUCAGUGGCUUCAAAACACGAGGUCCUCGGUUCUAGUCCUGGGUCUCACUAUAUAAAUCUACUAGCGGACGCCCGCGACUUCGUCUGCGUGGAAUUAAGUUUAUCACUAAUCCUAUAGGAACCAUGGAUUUUUCCGGGAUGAAGUAGCCUAUGUGUUAAUCCAGAGUAAAAUCUACUUGCAUUCCAAAUUUUAGCCAAAUCGCUUCAGUAGCGGCGUAAAAGAAUAACAAACAUCCAUACAAACUUUCGCGUUUAUAAUAUUAGUAGGUUCUAUAAUAAUAUUGUAAAGCUGAAGAGCUUGUUUGUUUGCUUGAACGCGCUAAUAUCAGGAACUACUUUUUCGAAUUGAAUCCUUUCUAGAUAGCCCAUUUAUCGAGGAAGGCUAUAUUAUCCCCGUAUUCCUACGGGAACGGGAACCACACGGGUGAACCGCGCGGCGUCAGUUAGUAAUAAAUAAUUAUUUCGUUUUAGAAUUUUCCAGUAGAAAUUUUCAGUCCGUAGUUGGGAUGUUGCCUUGGCGAGCACGCUAAAGCCAUCAGCCAUUAACAUAAAUAUUUGUUAUUAAAGAAUUUUACUCGCCCGCAAACCCACAUAGGUGAUUCCCCGAACAGCAUGAAGGGUCUCAGUUCUAUAUCUGGGCUGUGAAAAUACUGGGGUUUUCUUCCUUUCAAGGUGGUCUGGAGUUGCAAAGAUGGUGUUACACCUCAAAGAUUAUAGCACACAUAUCGCCUCGGUUCGUGAGCUUGUCCCGAGACGAGGCAAUUACGUUACGAUUCCGAUUAGUGUGCGCUGCAGUAGGAAGUUUCAUAUAAAAAAUACUUGACUGCUCGAGUUGAUACGGUGCCGAUCUAUUUACAAGUUGAUAUGUGUGCUGUGACCACAAAAACGUUAGCUUUUAGCGUCUUCUGUCCUAUGGCUAUGACCCUAAUAGUAAUCGUUACAUUCUAAUCUACCGAAGUCCGCUAUCCCUUAGUUAAACGACAUGGUGGCUCUAAGCUCUAUAUUCCUCUCUGUAUAUGCGCAACAAGGCCUUUUCCAGUAUCUUUAUAAAGGUUUUAUGUUAAAACAUUUUCAGACUACCUUAUUUGCUCUCCGUAUCUAUAUUAGCAAAGAGCAUGACCUAGAAAUGUCAUAGACACGGACAUUGGGACGGUGUUAUGCAGUAGUUAUACUUGUGUUUAGGAAAUCUAUCGCUUUCUGCUUCAGCCGGUCUUUUAGGUCAAAUUCAAUUUCUAAUAUUAGUUAUUACCGUAGAUUAUUAUUUAUAGCAUUGAGACUUGUUCUAUAUCGAUGGUUAUUAUCUGUCUAUAUUUAACUAGCGGACGCCCGCUACUUCGUCCGCGUUAAUCCUUACCCUACACCCUACACCUACCCUUCCAUACCCUACUCAACCCUCCCCCAUCCUAUAUAUAAAAUUAAUAAUUUUGAAAACAUAAAAGGUACUAUAUCUGCUAAUGUAUAGAAGAUAAAUAUAAAUAUAUGGUAUCACGGACUUUUAUGUAGAACUUUUAAAGGUACAUAAAGCCUUCAUACAUACAUUGAUUUCGAUUUUACACAAUGGUUAAGGCAGCGCAUGCGAUUAAGUCUGUUUAAGAGGAGUUUCGUCCGACCUGUAUGACUCUGCUAAUAUAUGUGAUAAGUCUGCUAAUAUAUGUGAUACUAAUUUAAAAUAUACUCCUCGAUAACGUAGCAUUCUACUGGUGAAAACAUACAAACUUGCAAACUUUACCUCUUUAUAUUAUUAGUAUAGAUAAACUGCUUGGAAUUUAUCGGUUUAAAAUGCUUUUUGCUGGUUGAAAAAUUUGGUUAUGCUGGUAGGUUUUUUACUGUGGCUAGCCAACUACUACAAAGACCAUUAAGCAAUUUGGCGUGUCAACUAGAAAUAGACAGGAUACAUAGGAACUUAGAACCUCUUGGUCUUGCAAAGGGUCAUAAACAUAAAGCUAUUGAAGACUCUAAUAAGACCAUAAACAGUCAUCAGGAGCCGUGAUAACCCAGAGGAUACGACCUCUGCUUCGGUUUCCGGAGGGUGUGGGUUCUAAUCCGGUCCGGGGCAUGCACCUUCAACAUUUCAGUUGUGUGCAUUUUAAGAAAUAAAAUAUCACGUGUCUCAAACGGUGAAGGAAUCGUGAGGAAACCUGCAUACCAGAGAAUUUUCUUAUUCUCUGCGUGUGUGAAGUCUGCCAAUCCACAAAGGGCCAGCGUGGUGAACUAUUGGCCUAACCCCUAUCAUUCUGAGAGGAGCUCGAGCUCAGCAGUGAGCCGAAUAUGGGUUUAAUAAAUUGGUUGGAAUUUAUCGAUGUAACAUGCUCUUUGCUGGUUGAAAAAUCGGAUUUGGUGGCAGAUUUUGGCUAGUGGCACCCUAACUGCAAAAACCAAAGCAAUUAGGCGUGUCAAGUAGAAUUAUACAGGAAUAUAGGACACAUAAGAUACAUAGGAACUUAGGACCUCUUGGUCUUGUAAAGGGCCAUAACCAUAGAGUUAUUGAAGACUAUUUUUUUUUUAUUUUUUUUUUAUUUUCUACAAGUUAGCUCUUGACUAGUUUUUGCAGCUCCUUCGGUACUGCUGUUAUGUCGUUUCCGCCGCCAAAAAACAACGGUAUGUUUUUUUUCAUUAUUCUUUACAAGUUAGCCCUUGACUACAAUCUCACCUGAUGGUAAGUGAUGAUGCAAUGUAAGAUGGAAACGAUCUAACUUGUUAGGAGGAGGAUAAAAAUCCACACCCCUUUCGGUUUCUACACGACAUCGUACCGGAACGCUAAAUCGCUUGGCGGUACGUUUUUGUCGGUAGGGUGGUAAAUAGCCACAUUCGAAGCCUCCUAAGCAUAAUCACUUACCAUCAGGUGAGAUUGUAGUCAAGGGCUAACUUGUAAAGAAUAAAAAAAAAAGAAACGUACGAUGCAGAUCUGUGGAUGCCUAGGUAUAAGCGGUAACUUGUAGAUGAGUAUGAAAAAAAUAAAAAAGAUAUUAAAAGCUUUUCCAUAAAGUCGUCCGCCAUUGGGCGUGCACAGUCCACUGCGCCAACACAAUUGCUUACUCACCCACACGUGCGAUGAUUCUGUGAAAGAUUAGCGCUCGUGAGUGCAAUCAAUUUGGAUGCUGACGUUGACAUUUUGUUUUUAAUUUUGAAAACCGAUUACUGUACACUGAUACACUGUACCAUAUUCAUUGUUUUUGUAUUUCGUUAUAUAGGCUUUAAAAUCCUACUAAUAUUAUAAACGCGAAAAUUUGUUGGAUGUUUGUUACUCUAUAAUGCCGCUACUACUGAAGCGAUUUAGCUGAAAUUUGGAUUUGGAAUGGAAAUAGAUUUUACUCUGGAUUAACACAUGGGCUACUUUUUAUCCCGAAAAAAAUCCAUGGUUUCCCGAGAUUUGCGAAAACUGAUGAUUUUGAUGAUGUGAAUGUUUGUUACUCUUUCACGCCUCAAGUUCGCCCGCGACUUCGCCCGCAAAUUUCAGCUAAUUCGGUUACUGAACCGAAUUAGCUGAAAUUUGGUAUUAAAAUAUAUUAUAGCCUGGAUUAACACGUAUACUACUUUUUAUCCCGGAAAAUCCAUGGUUCUCGAGAGAUUUGUGAAAAACUAAAUUCCACGCGGGCGAAGUCGCGGGCGGCUAGUUAUUAUAUAUAUCGGCAAUUAUUGAACGAAAGUCUGUCAGGUCUAACAAUUCGCACUAAGAAUUGUUACCAAUAAACCCUGGGUGGCAGAAAAUGACCAUGUGGUAUGAAUCCAUACGCGCGGGGCGUCUUUAGGUGCCUACCCCCAUCGCGGCCCGCGCGGACCAUCGGCAGUGGUACGAACGAUUUUGCCAAGCUAUAAAUUUCACGCGGACAAAGUCGCGUGCGUCCGCUAGUGGUACAUAAAGCUAUAUAUAAACGGUUGAGUAAUUUGCAUGCAUAUUGAAACACGUUGACUAAAUUAUCCACUGUACGGCGUAAUAAAUUAAAUUUCCUGCCGCUUUAUACGUUUGGCACCAUUUUACUGGCCUUUGGAGCGUAGUGCAGGGUUGCCAGUUUGAUUCCUGGUUUGCUUGUGACAGCUAACGAAUGUCUUGAAUUUAGGCUUUUUAUUAUAUCUAACAUGGGAACUUUAGUUUUACAAGUUAGCCCUUGCCUACAAUCUCACCUGAUGGUGGUGAUGAUGCGAUAAUGGAAGCGAAAUAAUUUGUUAGGUGUAGGAAGUAAAUCUAUAUUAUACCUUUUACACUUUCACACAGCGAUGUGUACUCAUAUACUUAAUGUGCAUAACCCAAAAAAAACCUGUAUGCGAAAGGAUACUUCCGUUUAAUAUUGUAACUAGAACUACCCAUAUAAGAACGUCCUAAACAUUUUCUUUGAGGUAAAAAUAAAAUACUAAACAAAUAAUCAUUUACUUUAAUUUAUCGAAAUAAUAGUUUUGUUAGUAAAAUAUUAGUCAAAUAUUUCAAUAAAAAAUUACAAACCAGUGUUGACAGUGUUAAAAAAUAGUUUUAAAGCGUAGUUAGCAAAGAAACAAACGAGUAAAUUAAUUCGAAUAUUUAGUAUAAAAAGUUGAUAUCACAAAGUCCAAAUGCCGUCAACCGGUGGUAUAUUGAAGACACCAAUGACUGAAACGAUCGUCGAGGAAACCGAUGCGGCUUUGAAAAAACGCCACUCUAUUGUGUCUGGGAGGAGCGAUUUUUGGUCCUCAUCAGAUGAAGACGAGGGGGUUCAACCCCACGAGAAAGCCAUAGCGGCAGGCCAGCCCAACCCACCGUACUGUGUUCGAAACCUGGAACAGCAUGCCUUCGGCAGACGGGAGAUCAACAUCGCGGAGCAGGAGAUGCCGGGCAUCAUGGCUUUGAGAGCCAGAGCUAAGGACGAUAAGCCUCUAAAAGAUGCUAAGAUAGUCGGUUGCACACACAUCAAUGCACAAACAGCGGUGCUCAUAGAGACGCUGGCGGCUCUCGGCGCCACCGUGCGCUGGGCCGCUUGCAACAUAUACAGCACACAGAACGAGGUCGCUGCUGCUUUGGCACACGCAGGGUUCGCCAUAUUUGCGUGGCGCGGCGAGAGCGAGGAAGCCUUCUGGUGGUGCAUCGACCAAUGCUGCACCGCGGCGGGUGCGUGGCAGCCCAACAUGAUCCUCGACGACGGAGGGGACGCCACACACCUCAUGUUGAAGAAGCACACGACCGCUUUCAAACUCAUUAAAGGUAUAGUGGAGGAGAGCGUGACUGGCGUGCACAGACUGUAUCAGCUGAGCAAGGCGGGCAAGCUGUGCGUGCCGGCCAUGAACGUCAACGACUCCGUCACGAAGACCAAGUUCGACAACCUGUACUCUUGCAGGGAAAGUAUAAUCGAUGCCUUAAAACGUAGCACAGACAUAAUGUUCGGCGGCAAGCAGUCCGUCGUGUGCGGGUACGGGGAGGUGGGGAAGGGGUGCUGUCAGGCGCUGAAAGCUCUUGGUUGUGUUGUAUACGUGACUGAAAUAGAUCCAAUAUGUGCGUUACAAGCUGCCAUGGAUGGCUUUAGAGUGGUCAAAUUAAACGAGGUGAUAAGACAAGUAGACAUAGUGAUAACUGCAACAGGCAACAAGGGCGUGGUCACACGGGAGCACAUGGAGCGCAUGAAGAACGGCUGCGUGGUGUGCAACAUGGGGCACAGCAACACGGAGAUCGACGUGCACUCCUUGCGCACGCCCGACCUCAUGUGGGAGAGAGUCAGGAGUCAGGUGAGACACAGUGAUAACAGCAACAGGCAACAAGGGCGUGGUCACACGGGAGCACAUGGAGCGCAUGAAGAACGGCUGCGUGGUGUGCAACAUGGGGCACAGCAACACGGAGAUCGACGUGCACUCCUUGCGCACGCCCGACCUCAUGUGGGAGAGAGUCAGGAGUCAGGUGAGACACAGUGAUAACUGCAACAGGCAACAAGGGCGUGGUCACACGGGAGCACAUGGAGCGCAUGAAGAACGGCUGCGUGGUGUGCAACAUGGGGCACAGCAACACGGAGAUCGACGUGCACUCCUUGCGCACGCCCGACCUCAUGUGGGAGAGAGUCAGGAGUCAGGUGAGA